GCUCCGUUCAUACAUCACAAUCAAAAUUCGACUCCCCUUACUGUCUCUCUAAGGCCCAAACUGCCUCGAUCCCUAGAAAUCACACCAAGAUACCGCUCGCACAACAGCAAUCAUGGCGAAAGAGAAAAACUACAACCCGGUGCAAGAGCAGAAGAAAGCCGACAAAGCCAAAGCCCUCCGCAAACAAAAAGCCACCGUGCAGGCCCAGCGCAACGAAAAACUCGCCCGCCGCAACCCCGCCCGCAUCCAGCGCGAUAUUGACCAGCUCAAAGAGCUCGACCAGAGCGGCGCACUGCGCCCACACGAGCGCCAGCGCCUUACAGAGCUGGAAAAGGACCUCGCAGCAGUGAACAAAGCGCGCACCGCGCUCGGUGACAAGGCACCGCAGUUCAAGCCGGAAAGACGGCACGAUGACUUCGCAGAGCGUGGCGGGAGAGAUGGGAGGGGGCACGGCGGCGGCGUGCUGGGCAAGCGGACGAGGGAUGGGCAGCGGAAGGAAGACGACAGCAGUGAUACGGAUGUGGAUGUAGCGAGUAUCCCUAUGCCGCGCGAUACGCCACCGCCAAUACCACGACAGCGCCAACGUAAAGCUCAGGAUAAGGAGGAGGAGGCGCCGGAGCCCAAGAAAGCGCAGAUUGUCUACGAGGCGGCGCCGCAGAAGCGCGAUUUCCUCAAGGAGGCCACUAAGUUUAUGCCCGCUGCGGUCGCGCAGAAGAUGAAGCUGGCGAAGGGUGAGGGGAGACUCUUGGAGCCAGAGGAGUUUGACAAACUGCAAGAAGACGGGUACCUGGGCAAGGAGAAGGCUAAGGAUGCACCUGUAGCUGCGCCCGAAGCUGCGCCGGACGCUGAUCCGGAGCUCGACGAGUUUUUGGAGGCGACAGCUAGUGAGGCAGCUGAAAAAGCAGCAGAGGCAGCGGUUGAAGAGGCGCAGUAUGACAUGAUGGCGGCAGAGGCACAGGGGAAGAUGCACGGAAUAUCGUCAGAAGCAAGAGUUGCGGAGAACACGCUACGGCACGUUGAGAUGGAAGAAGUUGAGGAUGAAGAUCUUUGAGAUAACCAUAGGCGGUCUGUCACACAUGAUACUCUUUCUUGC